UAUUUACUCAAUUUAUAUAUUUAUUUUAUAAUCAAACAAAUUCAUACACUCGUAUUCACGAUUCUAAAAUUUCCGAUUCCACCGAUUAAUCUGAAGUAAAUUUCUUGCAAAGUCCACUAUAAAUAACGGAUAAAAGCGGGAACUUAAACCAAACUCAAACAAACAAAGAACAUGUUAGCAGUCCCCACUUUAAACAAACACAUCGUCACUCUACUAAACAAAUCAAAUCAUCUCAAUCAUCUAAAGCAAAUCCAAGCCUUUUUAGUAACACUUGGUUACUCACAAACUCAAUUCUAUGCUUUCAAGCUUGUUCGCUUCUGCAAUCUUUCUCUCUUUAACCUCAACUACGCUCGUUCAAUUUUCGAUAAUCUUCGAUUUCGCAACAUUUAUCUUUACACUGCUAUGAUCACUGCUUACGCUUCGCAGCCUGAUCAUUAUUCGGCUUUGAAUUUGUAUAUUCAAAUGUUUCGAAAGGCGAAUCCGGGACCAAAUGAGUUUAUCUUUCCUCAUGUUCUUAGGGCUUGUGCUGGGGUUUUGGGGCCGUUUGGGACGGAAUCGUUGCAUACCCAGAUCGCGAAAUUGGGGUUUGGUGAAUACCCAGUUGUGCAAACAGCUCUGGUGGAUUCGUAUUCGAGGUUUUGUUCGGAUCUUGGGGUUGCAAGGAAGGUGUUUGAUGAAAUGACUGAGAGGAAUGUUGUGUCAUGGACAGCUAUGGUUUCGGGGUACACUAGAGUUGGGGAAAUGGGGAAUGCGGUUUUGUUGUUUGAAGAGAUGCCUGAGAGGGAUAGUCCGUCGUGGAAUGCUGUUAUUGCGGGGUGUACUCAGAAUGGGUUGUUUUCGGAGGCGAUUUCUUUGUUUAAGAGAAUGGUUGGUAGUAGUAAUAGGCCGAAUCAGGUCACUGUUGUGUGUACUCUUUCAGCUUGUGGACAUAAUGGUAUGCUUCAACUUGGGAAGUGUAUACAUGGUUAUAUAUAUAGAAAUGAUCUUGGGUCGGAUUGUUAUGUUUCGAAUGGUUUGGUUGAUAUGUAUGGGAAAUGUGGAAGCUUGGUAGAGGCGAAAAGGGUUUUUGAUAAGACUUCUAAGAAGAACUUGACGUCGUGGAAUUCUAUGAUAAAUUGUUUAGCCUUGCAUGGUCAAAGUGAUUGCGCUGUUAGUAUUUUUGAGGAGAUGUUGGGUCACAGAGAUAAUGUACUGCCAGAUUCUGUUACUUUUGUUGGUUUGUUAAAUGCUUGUACCCAUGGUGGAUUGGUUGAACAAGGGCGCAAGUAUUUCAGCAUGAUGAUUAAUGAUUAUGGUUUAGAGCCUCAUAUUGAGCACUAUGGUUGCUUAAUUGACCUCUUAGGCCGAGCAGGUCAAUUUGAAGAGGCCAAGGAAGUUAUAAGGGAAAUGAAGAUUCCCCCUGAUGAAGUUGUCUGGGGUUCUUUGCUUAACGGCUGUAAGAUUCACGGCCAAAUGGACAUGGCUGAAUAUGCAGUAAAGAAAUUGAUUGAGAUUGAUCCAAAUAAUGGCGGUUAUGGAAUAAUGUUGGCAAAUAUAUAUAGUGAGUCGGGGAGUUGGAAUGAGGUUAGAAAAGUGAGGAAGAUGCUGAAGGAACAAAAUGCACACAAAACUCCUGGUUGCAGCUGGAUUGAGAUUGAUAAUCAAGUCCAUCAAUUUUAUUCUGUGGAUAAAACACAUCCAAGAACUGAGGAUAUAUAUUUGACCUUGGAAUGCCUUGGUAAUCGUUUUUAGUUUAUAGCUGUUGUCUUCAAUAACCUUCAGAAAUAUCUGUCUGUAAAAUCGCUCUGAGCCUUUUUUCAGCCAUAUGCUCAUGGUAUGUACCUAUUUAGUACUGAUGCAGUGAGGAAAGAAUCAAGUAAUUCAUGUUCAACCAAAUAGAGCCUCUCCAUUAAGGUGAGCCCCUCUUAUUGUGUUUCACGUACAUUGAGCUGUGAAUCCCAAAAUCCUAAAUAAUAUUUCCCAUUUUAGUAAUUGAAAUUCCAGUUCAAAUUUUCAGAGUUCAUGCACACCUCAAAUGGAGCCUUGUUCAAAGAUCAUAAAUAUUUCCUCAAAACAAAUUUAUAGGCAGAGUUUUAUUCAGAGGAAAAGAGAAAGCCUUCCACAAAGCCGACUUCAGAGAAUACAAAUACACGCCUUUUACAGUCACAGGUUGAACCAUAUUAACAACACAAUCCUACUCAAUUCUUAAAAGCAUAUAUGACGCUGUCUUUAGACAAAAAGGUGGGAGCCAGGUUCGAUUUUCCUAGCUUCUCGGCAAUGGAAUUAUAGUCUUAUAUCAGAACUGUGGAUCUUAUUUUGACAAUAUGUUAUAUAUGAAGAUGAAGGGUACAAGUGAUGAGUUUCUAGUGGUCUGAUUGUGUUGCACCAGGUGUUUAUGAUGGACUUGUUGCAUUUGAUCACGAUGGAGAAGAGGUUUACCGUUUUGACGAUCUGGAAAGUGAGGUCUUUGUGGAAUUGAUACUGAAGAUAGAUAUUCGACUGGAUCCAGAAAUUCUGGGAAUAGCAACGGGUCAGAUCGGGUCGGGUUUCUUGAGAUCCAGACCCGAUCCAUUAUAUUUCGAGUUUCUUGGGAUCCAGACCCGAUCCAUUAUAUUUCUGAAAUUCUCCUUUAAUUUUUAAGAGAAUUUUAGUAUUUAACUCUAAAAUUUUGCCAUCUAAUUCGAGCUUGUUUUAAAAAAUAUGUAUGAUAUGGAGUAAAGGGAAGUUAAAUCUUUCCAUGUCUA